AUGCAGAAUGGAGCUAGUUUCAUCUGGGCGGGGUUGAUGACAGCAAAAAAUUCUCUCCGGGAUGGGUUCAGAUGGGUACUGGGGGAUGGCAGGGACAUUGAUGCGAUCAAGAAUCCAUGGCUCCAGAACAAAGCUGGUUUCGAGGUUGAUCAAACUGUGAAUUAUGGAGUUGACAGAAUCCCCGUUGCAGAUUUUAUUCUGAGUGACUCUAGAUGCUGGGAUGUGGCCAAGGUUACAGAUUUCUUUUCUGAUCAGGACGCUCAGCUGAUUUUGGCAACUUCCCUCCCUCAACGUAGUGUUAAGGACCGUCUUGCUUGGCCACGGACGUCAAAUGGACAGUAUAGUGUUAAAUUCGGGUAUCAACACUGGUGCGAUACGAAUUUGUGCACCAACGGGAUUGUGCAAAAUGUAGAGCAUCUCCUUCACCUAUUUUUUGACUGUCCUUUUGCUACGAGCUGUUGGCAGUAUGUGGGAAUGCCUCUAGACAUGAGCACAGUGGAGUAUGCGCCAGAUUGGCUUCUCCAGAAGCUGAACGAAGCAAGUCAUGAAGAGAUCGUUCUAAUAGCUAGAGUUCUAUGGGGCAUCUGGUUUUUCCGAAACAAGAAAGUCUGGGAGAAUAAAACGGUGAAUGAUAUGGUAGCAAUGGAAUGGAGUGCAAAGUACUUUGCUGAUUGGAGAAUGGCGAAGGAGUCCCCACUCAACACGGAUGCAGCAAUCAAGCUAGGAGAGAAUACUUUUGCAGUGGGUCUCAUAUUGCGUGAUCACAGAGGAGAUUUUGUAGGCGGCAAGGUGAGGAGUCUGCCGAUGGUUAGUUCAGUUUUUGAGGCAGAGAUCACUGCUAUCCAGGAAGGCCUCCGGUGGUUAUCUACUCUAUCUUACCAGCAUGUCACUAUCGAGUCUGAUUCCAUGCUCGCAGUGAAAGCUCUCACCCAAUCCCAUGACAAUAUUCUGGAGAUUGGCUUCCUGCUGGAUGAAUGUCGUUAUAUGAUCUUUUCUAGUCCAGGAUUUUCUCUUACUUUUGCGAAAAGGCAGGCGAACAAAGCAGCCCAUUUGAUGGCUCGAUUACCUUGUUUGCCAGGUUGCCAAAGCAUUUACACGUCUCCUCAGGUUGCCAAAGCAUUUACACGUCUCCUCCGAACUUGUUGUUGGAGACUUUAUUGUCUGAUAUUUCUUCUUAAUGGUAUCAGAAAAACGGAUGUAGAGAACGGUAUUACGGGGAAAGGACCAAGAAUCGAAUAUGACAUAUUUAGUAAAGCUUUAAUGGCCGAGGUCAUUGUUCUGAUCUCCGUGAUGGAUUACUAUCAACUGAAGAAGAGACGUCAACAAAACACGGUCGAUAGCGGUUUAGUCACCGGUGUCGACGACAAAACGACCUAUACAAUGGACCAAAGGAAGAACUAA